CAUUUUUAUUUAGUUUGUGUUCGUUGUUCGCGGCGCGAGCGCGUACCCCGUGCUUCGCUGGUUUGUUUCGAUAAUAAAGUGCAACAGAUGAGUGACGAGGUGCCAAGUAUAAGCCAAGUUUAUCGGCGCGCGGCGCCAGCCGGCUUUGGCAUGGGUGGGCGUAGAUUUAUCAAAGCCGCAGCUCUGCUGAUAGCUUUGGGGUACAGCAGUUUACUCGUUUAUCAAGGCGGAGUGAGUUUUAACUUUCAAGAAAGUCGGCCGAUUCAUAUCGCCGAGCUGUCGAUUGAACCUGUGACUAAAACGAUUAUUGCGGACGGUGGUCAAAGUAAAAACUUAACACUCGAUGACAUUUUUAUAAGUGUGAAGACUACGAAGCACUAUCAGUACACGAGACUGCCGAUUAUCUUGAAAACAUGGUUUCAACUGGCGAAACAACAGACGUGGUUCUUUACCGACACGGACAACCAGCAACACCAAAAUCAAACCGACGGGCACAUGGUAAACACGAACUGCUCGGCGUCGCACCAGCGCAAACACCUUUGUUGCAAAAUGUCCGUCGAGUACGACCACUUCCUCGACAGCGGAAAGAAGUGGUUCUGUCACUUCGACGACGACAAUUACGUGAACGUGCCCCGGCUCGUCAGCGUGCUGCAAACGUAUAAUCACCUGGAGGACUGGUACCUCGGCAGGACCAGCAUAUACGAACCUGUCAAGAUAUUCAAGAAACCCACCAACAAGCUGAUGUUUUCCUUCUGGUUCGCUACCGGUGGCGCCGGCUUCUGCGUCAGUAAAAGUCUCGCCUUGAAAAUGUUGUCUGUUGCAAGUGGUGGCAGAUUUAUUAGUAUAUGCGAAGGCAUACGGCUUCCAGAUGAUGUGUCCAUGGGAUUUAUUAUAGAGCACAUGAUGAAGAAGAAUUUGACGCUAGUCCCGGAAUUCCACUCACACCUUGAGCAGAUGAAACUGUUGAUGCCGGAGACGUUCCGGGAUCAGAUAUCCUUCAGCUACGCCAAAGUCAACGACGAGUGGAAUGUCGUCAAUGUUCCUGGGUUCGACACCCGAUAUGACCCUACCAGAUUUCUCUCAUUGCAUUGUUACCUGUUUCCCCAGUUUAAGUUUUGCCCGAGGUAGCACAGCCAUUGUGCGACAAGCGCCUAAGAGCUACGUUCAACAUAGCAUAGCUGAGCAUUAUGCAAAGAUACUUUUGAGAACAAAAAUAGUUUCGGUUGUGAUUCGAAAUGAGUCUUUAGAUUUGGACGACAAUGUGGGAUGUCUGAGUGUGAAUUCGUGAUAUUAAGAGAGUGGUGUUUUGUUAUAAUUACCAAACUUUUCGACUUUUUUCUUCGGAAUAAAAUAAGUAUUUGUUUUCCUUCAAAUUAUCAAAAUGUUUAGCAUCGACACGCUUAGAUGAUUUUUUUUGUUGAUCUCAAUGUCCAAUAAUACUCUUUCAAAAACUUUUGUAAUAUAUAAUCUGUAUUACAUUUUACUCGAUGCUAUAAGUUGCUAUAGUCUAUGAUAUUAUUUAUAUUUACAUAGAUUCUUUAUCACUGUUUUUGUGUCAAUUUUGUAUCUAUUUCUUUUUUUUAUUUAUUUUAGGGACCAUACCUACUAUGUUUUUAUUUAUUUCCAUUUUCUUUUUUUAGUUUAUACGCUUUAAAGUUUGCAAUAAAUAUUUGGUUUAAACCAUCUUCCUCUCGCUUGAAGUGCCUAACUGUAACAUAUUAAUGUUUAUGUACUGUGAUAUUAGGUUGUAUUAAGCUGUAGAUAGUUGUUUAUAGAUUUACUACAUAUAUUUAAAGUCUUCUUGUAAAAAUGUUGUCACUUUGUUGUAAUGUAGAAGUUGUUUAUCAAAUAAACAAAUAUAACAUUUUCUA